CAAAAACCCGUUUCUCACUUAUGUUUUACCCUUGGCCCAGCAACAUGAUGCAUUUCUUCAUAUUGUGUUUGCCAUAAGUGCAUCUCAUCUUUCUUAUGAUGGUCGACAGUCCCAUGUUUCUGCGUUGUCUCAUUACGCGGUUGCGCUCAGGGAAGCCAAAUAUCUCAUCACAGAACAUGGGAACGACACUCGAUUCAAUCCUCUCGAACUUAUGAUACUACUUAUUCUUCUGUGCAACUUUGAGAUGGAUGGCAAUACAGAUGGUGCAGUGAUGCAGCACCUGCAGCCAUGUUCAGCUCUGCUAGCUCAGAGCAAUCUACUUGACCGAGUUGAUUCAGAUUGUGCGUGUUUCAUUGCAGAGCAAUAUAUGUUCUUGGGGGUGGUCAAUGAAUACCUGGGGCUGGGCCCUGUGGCCAACAUUGUUCAACCAACGACCACUGUCACUUCUGACUUUGCGCAACUCCCCUAUCAAUCAUAUUACCAUGGGCGAAGCUCAGGGUGUGGAUAUGCUUUGUUCGAGAUGGUUCCCCGGAUUGCCCUAUUUGCGACCAAACCAAGCAGGUCUUCUCCUCGGUAUCUUGACCCCGAGAUCAGGAAAGAAUUCGAUAUGUUAGAGGAAGAAAUAUUACUCUGGGAUAUUCCUACAUCAUUGAAUUCCACAACAGGGCCCGAUAAUGACGAGGUGACAGCAGCGCUCAUCCAACAAGUGGCAUUGCUUGUGACUCUCCAGUGCGCUUUGAAUGGGCCUGGGAUGCCCACACCUUCCAUCCAGACCAAGAUCGAAGCUUGUGUCUGCGAAUCAAGAAAGCUCUUGAGGUCUAUAUCGCCAUCAAGUGCGGCGUGGGGAACCCUCCUGUGGCCCGCAAUCCAUAUCGGAUCGUGCAUUACAUCUCCAAAAGAGCAAAAUGAACUUGUUUCGGCGAUACUGAGCAUGGAAAACAAGGCCCGCUGUUGUACCAGUCUAAUGGAGUUCCUAUCGAGCUUAUGGCUGGCCUUGCGUGACGACGGAAUGUAUUUUGGCCCUUAUGGAAUUCGGCCACUCAUGGACAGAGAGGGGAUCAAACUCAGCUUAGGGUGACUACCGAG